ACACUGAGCAAAGGCCGCAUGGCUGUCCCACCCUCGUCAAAAGAGGAAGCUGAGUCUGGGGUCCUCCAGGACGAGUCGGGAAAGUCCCGCCCAGAUGUGAAGCAAGCCCGGCACGCCACCACCCUGCCCCAGAAGAUAAAAGUGCGCAGGGCCAGAGUCUGACUCGCACACGGCCCUGUGAGCCAUGCCCUCCACGUCCAGCAUGUUGCCUGUCUGGACAUUCCUCGCCCUCCUGGGCCUGGGAGCCUCCUGCAAUUCUGUCGUGCCCCGCAGCGAGUGGAAGGCCCGGCCCUCCGAGUGCUCCCAGCGCCUGCAGCACCCGAUCCGCUACGUGGUGAUCUCGCACACGGCAGGCAGCACCUGCGACAGCCCGGCCUCCUGCGAACAGCAGGCCCGCAAUGUGCAGCACUACCAUAUGAGCUCACUGGGCUGGUGCGACGUAGGCUACAACUUCCUGAUUGGAGAGGACGGCCAUGUGUACGAGGGCCGAGGCUGGAACAUCAAGGGUGACCAUACAGGGCCCACCUGGAACCCCAUAUCUAUCAGCAUCACCUUCAUGGGCAACUACAUGGAGCGGGUACCCCCAAAGCGGGCCCUCCGUGCCGCCUUGAAUCUUCUGGAAUGCGGGGUGGCUCGGGGCUACCUGAGAUCCAACUAUGAAGUCAAAGGACACAGGGAUGUGCAGAACACACUCUCCCCAGGGGACCAGCUCUACGAAGUCAUCCAACGCUGGGCAAAUUACCGCGAGUGAGACCCCUGUAGUCACCCUGAAAUCCCUCCUGUCACCUGCUCCAGCCACCCCCCCCCCCCCCGUCUGUCCUCCCAGUGACCCCCACCAAUAAAGAGACAGCACCAAGCA